AUUAUCAAUUUAUCAUUAUCUUAGUUAAGUGUAGUAAUUUUUGGUGCUCUCUCUCCUCUGUCUUCAUCAAUCCUCGUUGCUUUAUUUGAGGCCACAUUAUACGCAUCUCUCCAUCUCUCUCUCCUUACCUCCUCAAAAUGCGUCUUCCUCGCCAGCUCAUUUGCUCUAUGAGAUAGAAUCUGCGCGAGAAAGCGACACCAAUCCUUGCAAUAGAGAUGGUGGUUACCAGAAAUAUUGUGUUGUUACUGCUUUCUAUUACUUUUGUUGCUCCAAUUGUGCUCUACACUGAUCGUUUUGGCACCUUCAAGUACCCCUUUGCUGAGCAAGAGUUUAUUGAUGCUGUAACUGCUUUUGUGAGUGCAGCUGACUCUGGCCAUUUGAAUCUCCUGCCGCAAGAAACUUCUACGGUCUUUAAGGAACCAAUUGGGCUUGUAUAUACGGAGGACGCUGCAAACACAAAGAAUUUGCUUCAUGGCUUGCACUUUGCCAAACCAGGGGAGCAUGUAUCUGCCAGGGUAUUGUCAGCUACGAAGGACGAAGGUCAAACCAAAGGGGAGAACCCCAUCAAACUGGUGACAGAUGGAAUUAAUCAAGGAAAUCAAAACAGCUAUCUGGUGAAAGCUGAUAUAACUGGUGAUAGUGUAAAUGGGGAAGAUGCUAUUGAUGUUGAUGACAAUGAUGGGAAACUCGCUAAAUCUUCUGAUGCUUCUGAUCUAGCAUCUGAAACAAUGGACACUAAGCAGGAGCAACAACAUAUUAAAUCUUCAAGCCAAGUAACUCAGAAAGGAUCUAAAUUAUCGGAAGCCGAUAAGCAUAUUGACCAAACACCACCUGAUGCUCGGGUGCGGUAUCUAAAAGAUCAGCUCAUCCAGGCUAGGGUAUACCUUUCCCUUCAGGCAGUAAGGAACAAUCCCCAUCUCACUCGAGAGCUUCGAUUACGGGUAAAGGAAGUCUCACGAACACUGGGAGAUGCAAGCAAAGAUUCUGAUUUGCCCAGGAAUGCAAAUGAGAGAAUGAAGGCAAUGGAGCAAACAUUGAUGAAAGGAAGGCAAAUUCAAAAUGAUUGUGCUGCUGCUGUGAAGAAGCUUAGGGCUAUGCUCCACUCAACAGAGGAGCAGCUUCAUGUGCACAAGAAGCAGACCUUGUUCUUAACACAGUUGACAGCAAAAACAUUGCCUAAAGGUCUCCACUGUCUUCCGUUGCGCCUUACAACUGAGUAUUAUAGCUUGAAUACUUCUCAGCAACAACUCCCCAACCAACAGAAGUUAGAAAACCCUAGACUAUACCAUUAUGCAAUAUUCUCAGAUAACAUAUUGGCAACAGCUGUUGUUGUGAAUUCUACUGUUGCCCAUGCUAAGGACACCUCAAAUCAUGUUUUCCACAUUGUUACUGAUAGGCUCAAUUAUGCGGCAAUGAGGAUGUGGUUUUUGGUGAAUCCACCAAAAAAGGCAACCAUUCAAGUUCAGAACAUUGAAGACUUUACAUGGUUGAAUUCAAGUUACAGUCCAGUUCUUAAGCAGUUGGGUUCUCCUUCUAUGGUAGAUUUUUACUUUAAGACUCAUCGGGCAAGUUCUGAUUCAAACUUAAAGUUUCGGAAUCCUAAGUAUUUAUCCAUAUUGAACCACCUCCGAUUCUACCUGCCUGAGAUCUUUCCAAAGCUCAACAAAGUGCUGUUCUUGGAUGAUGAUAUAGUUGUGCAGAAGGAUCUGACUGGUCUUUGGUCAAUUGAUUUGAAGGGCAAUGUUAAUGGUGCUGUAGAAACUUGUGGAGAACGUUUCCAUCGUUUUGAUCGCUAUCUCAACUUCUCAAAUCCUCAUAUCGCAAAGAAUUUUGACCCUCGUGCAUGUGGAUGGGCAUACGGCAUGAAUGUUUUUGAUUUGGUCCAAUGGAAGAGGCAAAACAUCACUGAGGUGUACCACAAUUGGCAGAAGCUGAAUCAUGAUAGACAACUAUGGAAGUUAGGAACUCUGCCACCGGGUCUUAUAACAUUCUGGAAACGCACUUUCCAACUGAACCGAUCUUGGCAUGUCCUGGGUCUUGGCUACAACCCCAAUAUCAACCAAAAAGAAAUUGAACGGGCUGCUGUUAUACACUACAAUGGAAACAUGAAACCGUGGCUUGAGAUAAGUUUUCCCAAGUUCCGAGGUUAUUGGACAAAGUAUGUUGACUAUGAUCUUGUGUAUUUGCGAGAAUGCAACAUCAAUCCAUAAUAGAUGGAUCUCGUGGCAUGUGUAGGGCUUGUAAUUUAUAUUAAAGCAUUAUGACAAUUUUUUAUAGAUUUUCAAAGUCAGGUUUUAAUUUGGGCAUCUCUGUACUUGUAAAUGAAAUGUGUCUGUGUUGUUUCCUUUGUAUGUAUGGUUUUGCAACUUCCCUAUUGGCCUUGUGGUAAAGUGGGUUUGGGAGUGGUCAAGAAAUGUUAAUGAACCGAGACAAUGCGAUGGACGAUAAUAAGUGGUUGGUUGGGUUGGGGUUGAAAAAUCACGUGGUGGUGGAACCCAUUUGUCGUCAAACUUAGCAGUUGGUAUGUGGGGUGGGGCUCCUCAUCAAAGCACUGCUCCUUUCCAUCUAACUUCACAUUUCUCUCGUGCAAGUUUAUGGUGUCGGUGGAUCAUAUUUUUAUAUUUUUAGUAAAAGAAUUUUGGGGAUAGCUUCUGCCUCUCAAUUCUCAUCUCUCGGCAAUAAAGUUUCAAUUGUUUCUGUUUGGCGA